AUGUCUAACAAAACUACCACUGCCACUGCUGCUGAGCAACCGUAUGAGGUUGACGAAUGCCUGGGAGUCCUUCGCGUGUACAGCGAUGGUUCAAUCUGGCGGUCUUCUGAACCUAACAUCAAAGUUCCUGUGCAUGAUGAUAGUUCUGUUGUGUGGAAAGAUGCUCUCUUUGAUUCCACGCAUGAUCUUCACCUCCGACUCCCUGCUUCCCCCUCUUCAACCAAGCUCCCAGUCUUCUACUACUUCCAUGGUGGCGGCUUUUGCAUUGGCUUCCGUGCUUGGCCCAGCAGUCAAAACUACUGCAUCAAGCUUGCCUUGGACCUUCAAGCUGUGAUCAUUUCACCUGACCAUCGCCUAGCUCCAGAGAACCAGCUUCCAGCUGUCAUUGAUGAUGGUUACAUGGCCGUGAAAUGGCUCCAAGCUCUAGCCGUGUCUGAAGAGCCGGAUACCUGGUUGACUGCUGUUGCUGAUUUCAGCAAGGUGUUCAUUUCCGAUUACUCAGCUGGUGGGAACAUUGCUCAUAAUUUGGCAGUUCGGUUAGGAGCUGGCUCACCAGAGUUGGCUUCGAUUCUUGUCAAGGGUUAUGUUCUUUUGGUACCCUUUUUUGGUGGGACAACGAAGACUAAAUCAGAGGCUGAGGAUCUAAAAGAAUCACUCCUGAAUUGGGAGCUCAUUGACAGGUUUUGGAGAUUAUCUAUUCCCGUAGGAAAUACAACUGAUCAUCCACUGGUGAACCCAUUUGGGGCACAGAGCCAAAGUCUUGAACCAUUGGAUUUUGAUCCAAUUCUAGUAGCAAUGGGAGGUAGUGAUUUAGUUAAAGAUCGAGCAAACGACUAUGCAAAGAGACUUCAAAAUUCGGGGAAAGAGAUCCAUUAUGCUGAAUUUGAAGGAUGGCAACAUUGUUUCCAAUAUGCACCAAGGGAUGUACCAGAAGAUAUUGAAGCAAUUAGCCAUGGUGUCAUUGGAUCCCUCAUGAGGAUAUCAAGUUGUGUAAAGAGCAUUUAG